AUGCUGUUUCUUAUCACUGCAGUUGCCAUGACAACCACUGGGGACAAAAUUCUGGACACGGCUCUCUCAAAGAUUGGAGAGAAGAGCCUGUUCACAAAGGAGCUGGAAACUGCAUUGGAGAGAAAUGAGGUUGACCUGGUAGUUCAUUCUCUCAAAGAUCUGCCAACUACUCUCCCUCCGGGGUUUACCAUUGGGGCCAUCUGCAAACGCGAAAUUCCCUUUGAUGCUGUUGUUCUGCACCCGAGCCAUGCAGACAAAUCCCUGGACACACUGCCGGAGCGGAGUGUAGUGGGAACGAGUUCCCUACGAAGAGCAGCGCAGCUAAGAAGGCGAUUUCCUCACCUGGAAUUCAAGGAUAUUCGUGGCAAUUUGAAUACUAGGUUAAAGAAACUUGAUGAGAAAGCUGAUUACAGUGCGAUAGUCCUGGCAGCAGCUGGUCUGCGAAGAAUGGGAUGGGAGAAUCGGAUAAGUCAGAUUCUACAGCCUGAAGAUUGUAUGUAUGCUGUGGGUCAGGGUGCCUUGGGUGUAGAAGUGAGAAUGAAUGACACUGCUGUCCUGGACAUGGUAUCUGCUCUCAAUGACACAGAAACAGUCCUGCGCUGUAUUGCUGAGCGUUCCUUCAUGAAGCACCUGGAGGGAGGCUGCAGUGUUCCUGUUGCUGUUCACAGUGCCGUUAUUGAAAAUCAGCUCUACCUCACAGGGGCUGUGUACAGUCUUGAUGGAUCUGACAGUUUGAAAGACACUAUGCAAACAAGUAUAUCGCCUCAAAUCCAGGAUGAAGAUUGCAGUGAUGACGAUGUUCAGCACGUUGGGGUCACAGCAAAGAAAAUACCUCAACAUUCCCAGAAAGCAGCAGAAAAAUUAGGGAUGCAUUUAGCUAAUCUGCUGCUGAGCAAAGGUGCCAAGGAAAUCCUGACUGUUGCAAGGCAGCUAAAUGACGCAAGAUAAUACUGUGGUUUUAUGCUGAAAAUGGUAAACAUGUCAUCAUUUAAGUAUUUAUAAUGUUAUAAUUACACAGUAACCAAAGGUAACAGGCAAUAUCCUUAUUGAUUGCUUAUGCAUCCCAUUUACUAAGUAAAAGAUUCGUUAUUUUGUUAUACUCUGACAUGCUUCUCACUUGCCCUUUGAAGAAUGUGUGUUGUUUUACUGACUAACCUUUAUCAAACAUUUGGAGAUGUCAUCAAUAUUUCUAUAUGAGCUGGUGUAAUUUCCAAAGCUCCACGCUUCUUUCAGUGCCACAUGCUUUGAGUCUUGAGCAUAGUAGCAGUUGGAAUCAAAACCUGCUCAUUUGAAAAGUACAAUUCAAAGUAGCUUAUUUGAAUGAUCUGUUAAUUCAAAUUGAAAUAAUGCUUUUAAAAAAAAUUCCUUCUGAACCUGCUGUAUUUUGUUUAUUGUACGGAAUCAGCUGAUUCCUUUCUUGAGCCAGAAACAGUCUUGAAUAAACAAGGCUAGGCAGUGGUAUUAGAAUCAACCUCCUGGCUGUACUACUACAGCGUGGCCUGCUUUGAAACUGGCCUGUUUUCUUCACCAUUCUAACCCACUGCAGAUGAUGGAAUUCCAAUGAGAAUAAUGUUAUUGCAGCCUUCCCCAUCCACGCACAAACACACCCGCUGCCACAUCCACUAAGAAUAAGGGAAUGUUUACUGAACUGCACUGGCCUGAUAUCAAUUGCUGUUACUCAAGGCUAUUAUGUUGUACUGAAUGGUGCUUUUUUUACUCUCCUGGCAACAGAACAUUUAGUUGGAGCAUUGCACAAGGAAAGCCUCUUUUUUUUUCACUCCCUCUGUACCUUUUAAGGUUCCUUGUUACACAAUGUUUGGGAUAUACAAAUUUUGUUUCUUUCACAAGGUGCUGUGCAAUUGUGGCUCUGAGGCAGCAGUAAGAAAAUGUGUGUGCGACAAAGCAGCCCCAGAGAGGCAGUGAAUAUCUGCACCAUUCACACUAAGCACAAGGGCCAUGUCUGAGAAAUUGUCCAAAAAAUUAUACUUGUUACUUUUUUUAAUAGGUUAGUGGUUUUAUUUUUGUCAGUCAACUUGAUUGUUGUUUUAAUCCUUUAAAAAUGUGUAAAUAUUUCCCAUUUCAGAAAAACCUAUUUCUGAAGCUCAUUCGAAUAAUGGAAUGUAUUAGUUAUUUGGUGAUGAAUGGCAUUAUAUUUGAGCUUGAUUUUUGGUCUUGAUGCUUGUGUACUUGAAGCUCCCAGUUGAGAUUACUGAUAGUGAUCACGAGCAUGUCCUCCUUUGCCCCACACCGUCCAAAAGUGGAGAGGCAGUGAGGCCAGUUAUACAACCUGCAUGUAACCUUGGCAAACAUACACAGAGGAGGGAUAGAUGCAGCAACCCCCUUCCUCAAUAUCAAAGCCCAAGGUGUGGUCACCUCCUGACACUUUGAAUUAUGAGUGGGUAGCACUCACUGCCAUAGCCAGAAGGUAGUGGGUUCAAAUCUUACUGUAGACCGUUGAGAUUAAAAUGUAACCUAGUCCCUCUGCAGUCCUGGCAUGAUGCUGUAGUGUUGGUGAUGCCAACUUACAUGUCGAACAUUAACAUGAGAGGCUUCCUUUGGGCAGAUGGACAAAAUCCAAUGUAACUACUUUGAAGGAACGCAGGAAUGCUGUCCUCCAUGCCUUGGCCAAUCUUUAUCUCAAAACCUGUGGAUUCUGUUGUCACUCCCAGUGCUGUUUGUAAAUUCUGAUGAUACACACAUUGACAGCUGGCUUACGUACAUUUCACCUGAGACUGCUCUUGAUGUAUUCCAUUAGCUGUGACUUUUGGGACUUCCAGAUUGUGAAAAGCUUUAGAUGAAAUAUUUCUCCCCACAUGCACCAGUCAGAUGUUCCUGUUUACUUUUUGUUGGACGUCACAAGGGAUACUGUCUGAAAGUAUACAAGUCAAAAUUGAUUCCUUAACGUUUCCAUUGUUUGAUUCUGAAGCUUUCUGGAUUAUUUAAAUUACAUUUUUGCAAAGAAAGUUAGCAUAAUAGUUUUUAAAAGUAGAUCGGCAGACAUCUCAAUUUAAGGAUUAGGGUGUCAGCUACAUCUGACUGCACACGCUGUCAAAGUAUGAUAAUGACAUGGAAUGGAAUUGAUUGGAUAAAUUGCAGAAUGUGAUCCUCCAAUCUCAUUUUUUGAAAAUCUGGGUAUUUGAUUAAAUGUAAGUACACUUGAUGCUGAACAGUUGGAAUAUGCUUGAUCAUCUAGUUUCUUUCUGAAGCUAAAUCAUAGAAUAAUGUCUCUUCUAAAGUAGUAAAUGAUUCCACAUUCGGGAGAGUUCAUUCACUAAAUGUGUAGCAAUCAUCUGCUUACAGUGAAUAUCCAAUGUUUACCUGUGGGAUGCUGUAAUUCAGUACCACUUCGGCUGUGGGAAUUUUCCUUUUACAUUAAUAUUUUUAACAUCUCCAAGGAGCCUCUGAGCCAAAUUAAACACUGUGCUGCUCAGACAGACUAGUGGGAAAGUUUUAGAUCCAUCUAUACCCACCUGUGACAAACCAUUAAUUAAAUUCUGAUCACACAUCUCGUGUUCUCCAUCAUCAAUCCUAUGUGUCCUAAUCCUGUCACACCUCACAUAGUGUGGAUAAGGGUGAUGUUGCUACAAUCGUUUGCUCAGUAAGGGCAGUCAAGUCAAAUGAAGGAUUUUUGGAGGCCCACUAGACUGGGUCUGGGUAACUAGGCUGACAUUUUGUUUUCUGCAAUGCUGUGGAUUUCCCUGUGCUGUUUUUCUUGCUGCUUCAGUCUGUAUCUUGUGGAGUGGAUGUUGGGCUGCAGAUUGAAGUUGAAAUGAUGCUCCACAAUGACAGCCACGUACCACAGAUUUAAACAAAGGUCAGAUUCUACAUAUUGCCAACAGGAGGACUGAUCAUUAAACAAAUGUUGCUAUUCUUAUCCAUUAAUUAUCCUUUGCACUGGCACUGGCCAGGGACCACGUGUAGGAUUGUGCGAAAUCCUAAAUAAAAUGGAUUGCCAGUUUUAAAGACAUAAACACAAAGUGCCCUUUAAACUGAGUCAGAAACACUGACAUUGAUCUUCCAGCCUCAGGCUCUGAAUCCCCCAUUCAGCUCCUGGACCUCUUAAAGCAGGGUAAUGUGAUCAAGCUCAUUUAUUUAAGAGAAGGACCUUGUGAAAGGAAUAAUGAAAUCUCUGCUCCAGGACGGUCUUUGAGUAACCUCAUUUUGGAGGAUGAGGGUUUUUAUUGCUGUCUCAGAUGUGAUAGUCCAUGUGACAGUCUGGCAUAGCUUGUGGCGGAGUGUCUUUGAUUAGUAUUUUGUCUCUUCUUGCAAUGAUAUCAGAAUAAACAAAGUGGUUUUUAGAA